AUGCUCUCAAGGUCCCAGUCGCUUGAAGAGUUAAGACACAGCAGGAAUGGUGAUAGUCUCUCCUUAAUUCACUUCCAUGACUCUUCUGUUGAACAAUCAAUCUCUGGACCUGACUUCGCAGUGUCCCCAGAAGCCCGAUCUUCGGAUUCGGCUACUCCCGCUCCCUCUCAGUUCGAUUCGGACUUUUCUCCUUCCUCCACUCUAAACUCAAUUACCAGUCCCGGAUCCAGCCGCAAUACCACCAGCCCCUCAAGCGAUAACAUCUUUAUUCAAGGGAGGAAGCCGGCUGCUGUCGCGGUAUAUCACGGCCCGAUACCUUCUAGCUUACUCAAUGCACCUAAUACAAGGCGGAGCUUGAUCAGAAGUCCGUCACCAGUCUCCCGUAAGAGACUCUUGACUUCAGAUCGAUUUAUCCCAGUUCGUGAGCCGUAUGCUACAGAUGUGCCUGCAUUCCGCCUAAGUAAAAAUCCAUGCCUGCUUUCUCCCGGGGAAAAACUACUCCGGCGACGCGACCCUAAGACAGACCCCUUUGCGCCAUACCAAGCAAGGAGACGCUUAGGUCUCUCUAGGUCAGGCCGAUCACCGGACCGUAGAGACACUCCUCAUCACCUACCACGACAUGUUAGUGAUACCUCGGUUUACGCGAGGAAUAACAGGCCGGUUAGUCGCGGAAGCCAUCGACAGAUCAGCGCGGGCGCCGUUUGGAACGUGGGAGGAACUUCUGCCGCAACGGGCAGUGCGCCCAUAGGUGUUCACGAUGGCCACGGGGGACUCAUUUCAACUGGAACAAAUGCGCCAAUGUAUAUUGCCAACUUUCUGAACAGGAAUACGCAUGCCCAACAUCUCAAACGUCAUGAAUCUCGUCUUGCAACCGCUUUGGAUAUCGAUCAGGCAACUAAAGUACUGAAUUUUGGCCGCGCUUCGUUGUUUACGGAUCCGAGAAAUAUCACAGAAGUUUCCCAGCGCGGGAAGUAUUCUCCAUAUGUUUGGAGACAAAGCAGUUGGCACAAGUGA